CCGGCGCUUUUGUAAGUUGCAUUGACCAUAAAGUCUGUACGAGGAGCGCACAUAAGAUCUUGGAGCGGCUGGCUUGACCACGCGAAAACGAAAGACGGCUGACGUGACCGCAGUGAAGCUACGAUCACCAAGUCCGCGGGUUCGUUCUUUCUCUCUGUUGGGAUCUUUUUUUAGUUUCCCGGGAGAACGGAGGACCUUCGGCAACCGGGAACUAUGAGUGGACACAGGGACCGGCUCGGUGAAGGCUCUGGCUCCCAGGAGCCCACCGGGGCCGCGGAGACACUGAAGAGGAGACCGGGGAGACCGAGGAAGAUCCACACAGAGCCCAGUGGAGAGCCUGUCCCAAAGCGCCCAAGGGGCCGCCCCAAAGGAAGUAAGAACAAGGGCCCCUCCAAGGCAGCGCAGAAGAAAUCUGAGGCAACGGAGGAGAAAAGACCCAGGGGACGACCCAGGAAAUGGCCACAGCAAGUCAUUCAGAAAAAGCCAGCUCAAGAAGAGCAAGAAGAAGAGACAGGAGAGUCCCCAGAGGAGGACUAGCCUUCAUCUCCAUGAACCUCUACCUCAUUCAAUUGUCAGAUCUUUCAAAGGAAAAAGAUUGCCUUAACCACUUUUUUUUUUUUUUCAUUUUUUUUGGCUUUACCACAUUCUACUUGGUUUCAUUUGAGAGAACUUUCAUAUUCUGUUGUUCUUUCAGUUUUGAGUUUUAUGAAUACAUUCACACUGAUCUGUUGCUUAACAGAAGAAAAUGUUGGGUACUUGUCAAAACCUUUACAUUCCUUUAUUACAGUUUUAGCUAGACCAUUCAGAAUGCAGCAACAUAAGGGCACCAAAAUAUAGUGUUUACUAAUUGUAUUGCCCAUAAAAAUAGAUGUUCACACCUACCUGUCAAAACAGACCACACACAGAUAUUUACUCAGGUAAAACAAACUUCCCUUUCUCUAUGAGAGUAAACUACAGAGAAGCACAGACACACAUAAAAGAUUAGUGAAGUUUGUGAAUGAGAGAGUUACCACCAGUUCAUCAUUCUGAACACCACAGGACUGAGGUGCUGAUCAUUUUCACUCAAUGUUUCACCCUAGUUCUGUGUCUCUCUGACAGGCACACACAGCUAGUCUUUCUCACAGCUGAUGGUUAUUGACUAAUGCACUAAAAGCAGAAAAGACACUAGAACAAUCUGGUUUUGUCAUGCAGAAAUGUAGAACAAAUGGCUGCUGUUCAAAAUAUCUGUUUUGUCGUUGAAACUAAACCAAUCCCCUGCUGGCCUAACUGUCACCCAAAUUGGUGUUAGACUGUCAAAGACAAGGACGGGAUGGCAGGAGAUCAUGCCUCAGUCAUCCAUCACACUGGCCGAGUCCUCAUAGAUACCACUUUACAUUUACAGUAAGUCCGUCUUCUUUUGUCUUUCUAAUAAUAAGCAGGGUGGAAACAGCACCUAGUGCAACGUUUUGUCAUGAGUUGCAGUAUCGCCUGGUCUCAAAAGUUUUCCUUGACAAUGUGGCUCUUGUGUCUCAUGUAACCAAGGCCAGCCAUGCCAAUAACCAGCCAUUAGGUGUGGCUUAGUUGCUGAAAUCUGUGACUGAACUGAAUUCCUUUAUUGAAAUGAUUAAUGAUAAUGAAGCCUGUGCAGGGUGCAGGCUGGAUUUAUUGACUCAUUGGACAAAUUAGACCUUAGACAUGAGAUUUCAGUGCACAGGGCAGUAUUCAGGAUGAUUGUUAAAUUUGUUUAAAAGGCAGUCUAAACAAGUAAUAAGCUUUAGAACUUCAUUCAGUCAGUCUGUCUUUUAGUCCUGUGAUAGAACGGUGAGAUGUCCAGCAUGCACCCUGCCACUCACCCAAUGCCAGCUCGGAUAAGCUUGAGUCCACUGGUAGUUUGCAACAAAACAACUCUGAAUUCUGUGGGUCCUGUGGGUUGCAGGGUGGGACCUACCUAGAUCAGGCUGAUCCUGAAACAUCCCAUAAUAAGAUCAAUAAGAUCUGGAUCUGGGGAGUGUGGAACCUGGGUGAACAGCUUAGCUCUGUCGUGUUCUCUGGGUCACUCCUGAGCAGUUUUUGUGCUGUGAUGGAGUGCAUUGUCCUGCUGAGGGUGACAACGGGCAUCAAGGACUGAUGCUGCCAUGAGGGGUUAGGGGUUGGGGGUUGCUGGACCUACAACAUGUAGGUGGGUGGUACAUGUCAAACAUCCACAUGAAUGUCAGGACUCAAGGUUUUCCAGCAGAACAUUGCAUUAGAACAAGAUGAUGGAUGUUAAUUCUCACCCAGACUGUUGACAUUUCUUUAGAUGUCUGUAGUUGUUGUUGACUUAAAUGAACAAGUACAUGGACAUAGCUUCAUUACAUAUGUUCUCUUUAGCUUCAACAAUAUAUUUUUUCAUUUAUUACACUAUGCAAAGAAAUUCACAGACUUUGUCUGUUUUACAAAGAGCCUCAAGAACAAAACUACAAGAGCAAAUCACGCAUUACCUCAUAACACACUUGCUACCUGAAUUCAGUCGUCCAUCACACUGGAUGGCUCCUCUUGCACUCUAAGUCUCUGGAGCCUUGUGUUUAAGGAAACCUGAUUGUAUACCAAUGCUUGCUGAUCACUGAUUUAUAAUAUCUUGUCAUGAUUCCAAACUACCUCUAACUCAGCACAACCAACUCAUGAACACUGUUGCUCAGUGUAUGCAAACCAGCGAGCAAGAAGGCCGUGUGCAUUCCUAUAUUUGAUAAUGCAUUGUAACUUUAUUCUGUAGAUUGAAACAAGGUUGUGCCGUUUGUUGUCUUGUCAUGGGGGAAUGGCAAUUUGUAUGCAGUUUUUGUUUAUUUUAUUCAGGUAAACCUUCAGUAAGAAGUAAAUGUUAAAAGAAAAUUCUUCUUUUUACUGCAGCAGCUUCAUUAUUCCCACCUGUGUCCAUCUAUCCUGUGCUUAAGAUACAUUUGCAGCUGCCCAUUGUUUUUGUAAACUAUUCAUUUAACCCAGAAGCAGAGCAAACAAAGAAGGCACUUUAUAAGAAAAACUAAGGAUGCAUUUACAAAAGGACAAUAAGAGUUUCUCAGUGGCCAUGACGUUUAUGGUCUUCAUUAUGUAUGGGAUGUAACAUUGUCUUUCUAACAUUUAAACUGAAGCAUUUACUUGAUCACUUGUCUGUUACAAAGCUGCAGGGAAAUGUUAACUUAACGAUGUGACUGAAUCUUCCCAUUCAUCAUCACAAUCUUCAGGCAUGAUGGUCAAAAUUAUGACAAUAACACACUAAUUGUUUGUAAAAAUAGAAUUUCCGUAUACCCGGGGACAGACUCUAAAGCCAGCGUUUCAGCAUUUACAAUUUCCAUAUCUGUAUGUUCUUAUUUAAAUUUUGUAUAGUGUUACCAUGUUUACCAGGGUUAUUUCCUACAAAAGUAAAUGUCUGAACUCUAAACUCUUUAAACUAAAAUUAGUUUUUUAACAUGAAUAAUCUCAUAUCACAAUAAUCUACAGUAUGCUACUGCUUUUGUGCACAGGGCAGAUCUUUAAAUAUUUUUACAGUAUAUUAUAAAUGUACAUUUUACAUAAAAAUGAAAUACAAAAGUUAAACUUUUUUAAAAUGCACUGUACAGACUUUGUCUCCACCUGGCACUGACUUACCUGACAUUUUUAGGUUUACUUUGGUCUGGUUUUUAUACCUAGAAAACAAUAGCAGCCCAUUUAUUGAGUGCUGUUUUCUUGUUUGACUUAAUGUUCAUUUAGUUCUAAAGAUUGUACUGAAAAAUGUUUUCCCACAUUUACAAACUGUAACUGUUAACUUGACUUUAUUUUGUUGUGAUUUACAACUGAGUUAAAGUUAAUAAGGAUAAAAUUUGUAAGACAAUACAUGAUUUGAAUAUAUGGCUGUUUUAUUUGUUUGUUGUGUUUUUAGCUUCAAAUAGUUUAGCUAGUUGGGGAUUUUUAAGAGUUGUGUACUACCUAUAUAUGUACAGUACCUCAAACAGGCUGAUCUAAAUGAAUACCUACCUCGAGUGUUGAAAAGGAAUGAUUGUGUCAGUUUACCUUUUCUUUCAGUUAUUCUGGCAUUAGAUAUGAUCUGUAUUUUAGGACUGCAGGACCAUCUCCUUUUCCAAUGAGAAGGUGUGUCCAAAUGUUUGACUGGUAAUGUACAUCUUAAAUAAACCUUUGAAUUUUUAAGUAUA